AUGCCGCUACUUGAUUUAGUGAACGAAUUAUUGUUGUCUAUAUCGGAAAAUCUAGACUCAGAGAGAGAUAUCAAUGCUUUUAGCCAAGCAAAUAGCCGCCUGUACAAUGUCCUUAAUACUUAUCUCUAUCGCCACAACAUACAACAACUUAAGAGCUCAGGGUUAUGGUGGGCUGCACAACAAGGGCAAGAGGCGACGACUCGAAAGUUUUUGGAAGGAGGAGCUGAUGUUAAAGCGAAGGACCCUCUCGGUUGGACGCCGCUGUCUCGGGCUGCGCUCGACGGGCACCACGCGGUCGUGAAGCUGCUGCUCGACACCGGGGAAGUGGCUGUCGAAUCGAAGGACCCCUUCGGUCAUACACCGCUAUCUGAGGCCGCGAGGUGCGGGCAUGACGCGGUUGUGAAGCUGCUUCUCAACACUAGGAAGGUAGACGUUGACUUGAAGUACUUCCACGAUUGGAUGUUUGAGUGCGACGGUCAAACGCCGCUGUAUGGGGCCGCGGCGGGCGGGCACGACGCGGUCGUGAAGCGGCUGCUCGACACCGGGAAGGUGGACAUCAACUCGGAGGACUCCUACAGACGGACGCCGCUACAUAGGGCUGUAGCAGGCGGGCACAACGCGGUUGUGAAGCGGCUGCUCGACACUAGGAAGGCUGCACACGAGGGGCACGACGCGGUUGUGAAGCUGCUGCUCGACACCGGGAAGGUGGAUGUCAACUCGAAGGACAUAGGCGGUCAGACGCCGCUGUAUGGGGCCGCAGCGGGCGGGCAUAAUGCAGUCGUGAAGCGCCUGCUUGACAACGGGGAGGUGGACGUUGACUCGAAGGACUCCUACGGUCGGACGCUGCUACAUGGGGCUGUGGCAGGCGGGCACAACGCAGUCGUGAAGCUGCUGCUCGACACUAGGAAGGUGGACGUCGACUCAAAGGACUGCUAUGGUCGGACGCCGCUGUCUGGGCAUAACGCGGUCGUACAGUGCUGUUUUUAG